ACUUGUGAAUAUCUGCUUUCCAGAGCUCUCAUUCCUGCACAGAAUGAGUUUGAGCCACAUGGAAGACAUGCCUGUAAGCCAUUCAGGCCCUCAAGGAACACACAGACCACCCUGGAAGCAAUGGUUCCUCUACUCAACCAUAGUUAUUUUGCUGUUUCUCUGCUCCUUCAGUACACUAAUUCUUACUUUUCUUCCACUCAAGACUGCCAGUGAGCCCUGCGUAGCUAAGUUCGGACCACUUCCUUCAAAAUGGCAUAUGACAUCUCCUAAGCUUCCUUGUGUGAAUAAUACAGCUGAUUGGAACCUGAAGAUACUUCGGAAUGGCUUGUAUUUAAUUUAUGGUCAAGUAGCUCCAAAUACAACCUACAAGGAACCAGCUCCCUUUGAGGUGCGGCUAUGUAAAAACAAAGAUGUCAUACAAACUCUAACAAACAACUCUACAAUUCAAAAUGUAGGAGGGACUUAUGAACUGGAUGCUGGAGAUACGCUUCAUUUGAAAUUCAACGAUGAACAUCAGGUUCUUAAAAAUAAUACCUACUGGGGGAUCUUAUUGCUAACAAAUCCCCAAUUUAUCUCCUAG